UAAUGCAGGUGCUUUUAUUAUUAUUAUUGGCAUUGACGUCACUCUGUGAGGAAAACGUAAUGUCUUCAAAAAUUCCAAGAGGUACACAUUUACCAACAGAGGCAAGAACCGUUCAGAAAACAGACKCAAAUAUUAAAAAUUCAAGGGAAAAUGUCCCAAGGAAAAAUGUUGCUCCUAAAGUUCACAAGGGAGUUUCAACCAGAUAUGGGCAACAGGUGGAGCUGAAGGAGCAAAAUCAGAACCUGGUGGCUGCAAAGGAGGAGCUACAGAAAAACCUGUCAGAGAAGCAGCAAAGAGUUGAAGAGUUGGAGCUGCAACUCGACGAGCUUCAGAAGGAGAAUGUAGAGUUUCAGAAAAACCUGCAGGACUGUCACACGCUCCUAGUUUCUGCCAAGAUAGACCCAGUGUUAGGGGAACGAGUUGGAGAUGCAGCSAGACKGAAMGAAGACGAAAGGAARGAAGUUAUGAGUGUUUCCACCGAUCUGCUGAGGGAAUUAAAGGCUUUUGGGGACUUUGCAUCACAACAGCGUACUCAGCUUCAGGAAAUCCAAGCAACAAUGGAGGACGUCACUAAAGCGCGAGAACUUAUGAAGCAAGAAAGAGAGAAUUUCUCUCAGGAGGCUGCUGAAAUGGAGAGAGCUCUGAAAGAGGCAGAAGAACUCUUAGCGUAACUAAAAAUAUAUAUCUGUACAUAUUAAUGUGAGAUUUUAUGUUGAAAUAAAAGAUUAAUGUUUUUCUACAGUAA